CGAAAGCUAUUUAUUUAUCUCUUUACUAAUGAUUAAAAUCGCUUGAUUCAAUCAAAAAUAGUCCCUGUUGUGUCAGUACCUGCAGUCAGGGGGCGUUUAUGAUCACAGCAAUCAAAUUUCUUUGUACACUACCUGCUCUGAACGAUAUCCAACACCAACUAAUGAUAAUAAUGACACGAUCAUGACGACCGAUUUCCUAUUCAUCGUAUUCAUUGCCUUGCUGGCGGGGCAAUCUAUCGUUCUACAUGGAAAACAUCCUGGAAACCAACAUAUAUCAUCACCACAACCGGAACAGAUCCAUAUUUCGCGAACAGGUGACCAAUCAGAGAUGAUGGUAACGUGGACUACGUUACUCAGACCUAAUAACAGUUUUGUAGAGUUUGGUGUAAGUGGAGGGCUAAUGAACACUAAAGUACCAGCAAAGAUAUCCCGUUAUGUAACGUGUGGAAAAGCGAAAAGAGUUAUUUAUAUACACAAAGUAAAGCUCACUGGAUUGCUGCCAUCGACGUCUUAUGAUUACCACUGCGGUGGAGACGAUGGUUGGAGUGCCAUCUACUCAUUCUCUACCACAAARCAAGACUCACACUGGUCUCCAAGCUUUGCUGUCUACGGUGACCUUGGCGUUAUCAAUGCACAAUCACUCGCACCYUUACAGAAAGAAGUACAAAACGGUCGAUAUGAUGCCAUAUUGCAUGUUGGUAAGCAUAUUCACCGUACAAUUCAUUUACAGGAUAACUCCAGGGUCGGYGAUGCAUUCAUGAAUCAAAUCGAGACAAUGGCGGCAUAUGUGCCAUAUAUGGUWUCWCCUGGRAAUCACGAACAYCAUUGUAAUUUCUCCAACUACCGUAGGCGUUUUAGUAUGCCAGGCAACAAUUCUGGUAUCUUCUACAGCUGGAAUAUCGGCCCUGUGCAUAUAAUUAGCUUCAGUACAGAGGUCUAUUACUUUCUGAAAUAUGGAUUACAACAAAUUAUCAACCAAUAUGAAUGGCUUAAGAAAGACUUGGAAGAAGCUAAUUURCCCGAAAAUCGCGCCAAACGACCGUGGAUCAUCACAAUGGGSCAUCGACCAAUGUACUGUUCCAACGUUGUUGGUGAUGACUGCCAGAAUUUCGAAAAUAAGGUACGGAUUGGUAUCACAUCACUGAAGCUCUUUCCAUUGGAAAAACUUUUCUACGAAAAUGGUGUUGACCUCGAAAUUUGGGCUCACGAGCAUUCCUACGAAAGAUUAUUUCCAGUCUAUAACCAUACGGUAUACAAUGGAUCCAUAAAACAUCCAUACACAAACCCUCGCGCCCCCGUUCACAUUAUAACAGGGUCAGCGGGCUGUAAAUACUGCCACGAUAAAUUCAAAAGGAAAAACGCAAAAUGGACUGCGUUCCGUACGCUGGACUACGGAUAUACCAGAAUGAAAGUCUACAACAAGACACAUUUACACUUAGAACAAGUCAGCAUCGACAAGAAUUACACUGUGGUGGACCAAGUCAUGAUCAUUAAAAAUCAACACGGCCCAGAAGCCUGGAAAUGGAAACAACCAGAGCCACCCCCUCAAAGGCAAAAACGGCCAAAAGUAGAAAAAUUAAGAACAAGUAAAAAAUCACCAUUCGAUGAGCUCGCUGGUGCUAAAAAUAUUUUAAACGAUUAUAUCAAGCAAAUGAAGUCGUACAAAAGUGCAUACUUAUAGUUUUAUGGGAUAGUUUACAUGUAAUGCUGUUAUUAUUAUUGUUCAAAGUGUUUAUAUUUCAAUUCUCAGUUUUCUAAAAAAAAAUACAUGUUACUUUGUCUUAACUAAACGUAAUAAGAAUAUGUCCUCUUAUAGCAAACCUUCCUGCUUUUUCGGGCUUCCUGUYCCAUAUAUAGCACAGGAAGCCCGAUAUAUAUUGGGAUAGGCAGCAAACGAGACUAUGAAUAUAAAACUAUGUAAAACGUAACUGACUUAAUUCUAAACUCUUAAAUGAAUUAAAACUUAGCUAAGUUUGAA